AUGUCUCCGGAGAGAGCCCAACCCAAGGGCUCUCAGUCUCCCAAUGAUGUUCCUUCGCAGUCCUACCUGUCCCAGCCGGCUCACAGCCUCUCAUUCGAGGAUGUCAUCCGCGAGCUGGGUACAAACUCGGACGAUGGCCUCACAUCUGGUGAGGUCAAGCAACGUCUCGAGAAAUAUGGUCAAAACAUACUGGAAGGAGACGAAGGCGUCUCAAUUGCCAAAAUUUUUAUCCGUCAACUUGCAAAUGCAAUGAUGCUUGUCCUGAUCAUUGCCAUGGCGGUUAGUUUCGGCAUCCGAUCAUGGAUCGAGGGCGGUUUUAUUACAGCUGUCAUUAUUCUCAAUAUUGUUGUUGGUGUUUACCAGGAUUUUGCGGCCGAAAAGACCAUGGACUCUCUGCGAAACCUGAGCUCCCCUACUGGAGUAGUGACUCGCGAUGGUAAAACCAUUACUAUCCCUGCCAAUGAAAUCAUUCCCGGUGAUAUGAUCGAAUUGAAAGUCGGAGAUACGGUCCCCGCAGACCUGAGAUUGACCGAGGCAUUCAAUUUCGAAACCGACGAGGCUCUCUUGACAGGCGAAUCUCUCCCAGUUCAAAAGGAAGCCGAUGCCGUUUUUGAUACUGAUACUGGCCCGGGAGACCGACUAAAUAUCGCCUAUAGUUCGUCUACCGUUACCCGCGGGCGUGCGAGAGGUGUUGUCGUUGGCACGGGUAUGAGAACUGAAAUUGGAGCUAUUGCUACCGCCCUCCGCGGAGGCGAUUCGAAGCGGCGCCCAGUGAAGCGCGGACCUGAGGGGGAGACCAAGAAGCGUUGGUAUAUCCAGGCCUGGACAUUGACUACCACUGAUGCCAUUGGAAGGUUUCUGGGGAUCAAUGUCGGGACUCCGCUACAGCGCAAAUUGUCCAAGCUCGCAUUGCUGCUGUUCGGCAUUGCCAUCAUCUUCGCAAUUGUCGUGGCAGGUUCCAAUGAUUGGCGGGGAGAUAAUGAAGUUAUCAUUUACGCUGUGGCAACAGGCCUGGCUAUGAUUCCAGCUUGUUUGGUCGUUGUGCUCACAAUUACCAUGGCAGUGGGGACAAAGCAAAUGGUGCAACGACAUGUCAUCGUCCGCAAACUGGACUCCCUGGAGGCCCUCGGGGCCGUUACUAACAUUUGUUCGGACAAGACCGGCACUUUGACUCAAGGUCGUAUGGUCGCUAAGCGAGCUUGGAUUCCAUCUGUCGGAACAUAUUCGGUUGGAUCGUCGAGUAACCCUUUGAAUCCCGAUGAGGGUGAAUUGAGUCUUAUCCGGGAGCCACCACUCAACUUCGGCUCAGAAUCGACGGGUGAACCAGGAAAACCCGAGGAUUUAUUGAAAAACAACGAGCCUCUGGAGUCCUUCCUUAAUGUCGCUGCCAUGGCCAAUCUGGCCCAUCUUCACAAGGAUACGAAUAACGAAUGGCAGGCUCGGGGUGAGCCAACCGACAUUGCCAUCCAGGUCUUCGCUUCACGUUUCAAUUGGGGAGUCGAUCGCUGGACCAAGGGCGAAAAGCCCGUCUGGAUCCAGAAAGCCGAAUAUCCCUUUGACUCGAGCGUGAAAAAGAUGUCAGUCGUCUUCGCGAAACGCGACGAAGUCUCUGCGAAAGCUCCUGAAAUGAUCUUCACUAAGGGCGCCGUUGAACGAGUCAUCGAUUCCUGUACAACCAUAACUUGGAAAGAUGGGUCUUCUGUGCCUCUCGAUGAUGACAUUCGCGACGAAAUUUUACAGAACAUGGAAGCCCUGGCAAAAGAGGGCCUACGAGUCCUGUGCUUGGCUGGAAGAGAAAACCCUCCUGGGAAUAUGGAGAGCAGUGAGCCUCCUCCGCGAGAAGAGAUUGAGAAGGAUCUGGUCUUCUACGGCUUGAUUGGCCUGUAUGACCCUCCUCGACCUGAGACUGCUGGUGCAAUCAGCCAGUGUUACAAGGCUGGUAUCUCCGUCCAUAUGGUUACCGGUGAUCACCCUGGAACUGCCCGCGCAAUUGCUGUUCAGGUUGGAAUUAUCCCGUCUAACAUGGAUAUGAUCGCAAAGGACGUGGCUGAUGCUAUGGUCAUGACUGCUGGUGAAUUUGACAAACUGUCCGAAGACGAAAUCGAUAAUCUUCCCACUCUCCCGCUGGUCAUUGCUCGCUGUGCGCCAAACACCAAAGUCCGCAUGAUCGAAGCAUUGCACCGCCGUGGUCGUUAUGUCGCGAUGACAGGCGACGGAGUCAACGAUUCGCCAUCGCUAAAGCGUGCCGACGUUGGUAUCGCCAUGGGUCAGAACGGAUCUGAUGUUGCCAAGGAUGCGUCCGAGCUGGUCUUGACCGAUGAUAACUUCGCCUCCAUCAUCAAUGGAAUCGAAGAAGGACGGCGCAUUUUCGAUAAUAUUCAGAAAUUUGUUCUACAUUUGCUGGCAGAGAACGUGGCGCUAGCAUUAACUCUGCUGAUUGGUCUUGCUUUCAAGGAUGAUUCCAAUCAAUCCGUCUUCCCUAUCUCCCCCGUGGAGAUUAUCUGGAUUAUCAUGAUCACCUCUGGUCUCCCUGACAUGGGUCUAGGAAUGGAGGCUGCUGCGCCUGAAGUGAUGGAUAGACCCCCUCAAAGCAAACAAGGUAUAUUCACCUGGGAAAUCAUUAUCGAUACCCUGGUCUACGGCGUGUGGAUGGCAGCUCUCUGUCUAUCAGCCUUUGCCCUGGUUAUGUUCCGCUGGGGCGACGGCGAUCUUGCAAUGGGCUGCAACACGCAAUACAACGACCCGAACAAGCCGUAUACCUGUGAUACGGUAUUCCGCGCCCGCGCUACAACUUUCACUUGCAUGACCUGGUUUGCCUUGUUCUUGGCAUGGGAAAUGAUGAACUUGCGUCGCAGCUUCUUCCGCAUGAAGCCCGAAUCCACGCGCUACUUCACUCAGUGGAUGCACGACAUUUGGAGUAACAAGGUUCUCUUCUGGGGUAUCAUGGCCGGUUUUGUGCUUGCCUUCCCGAUUCUGUACAUCCCUGUGAUCAAUCACAGCGUCUUUAAGCACUCGGCCAUUUCGUGGGAAUGGGGUAUUGUUUUUGUCGAGACGGUGCUUUUCUUUGCUGGUAUCGAAUUUUGGAAGUGGUGCAAGCGCGCGUAUUUCCGGCGCCAGGCAUACAAGCAGCAAAAGGCGGGUGAUCAGGUUCCCAGUGGUGACCGCCGUGGACUGAAGGACUUUAGUCGAUACACCACUAUGGACCGGUCUGAGACGCAGGCUACCGGCGAUAUGAAGGUUGAGCAGUCGAUGGUUUGA